AUGACAACACCCUUGUCCGCCCAGUCUUUCGUUAGGCUCCUAAAAGCCCCUACAGAUCCACCUAAUCCGGAGAGCCCACCAAAAAUACAAAUCGCUUGUGCAGCAUGGGAUGAUGCUACUAUUCACAUUCCAAAUAAGCACGAGCUCAUCGCCGAAUUCAUACUCACGCGACUACUCAAAGACAAGUCAAAAACUAGCGACAACCCGGUUUUAGAUGGCAGCGUAGGGGCAGGUGCACGUGGCCUCAAGGUCUGGCUCGGUUCUCUUCUCAAUCGCACACCGCUCGCACCAAUCAUCAUAUCUAUCCUCACUCUGCUAGGGAAUCUGCCAGUUACAGAGGCGAAAGAGCUCCUUGCGCUCGUGCAGUGCCUUGGUGCUGUACUGAAUGUCUCUGCUGAGCUGGUCAACGAUGAGAUUUUGGGAGGUAUUUGUGAAGCAAUUGUAUCUUCAUAUAGAGAAGCACUAGGAAAUGCGGGGAAUAAGAAGAAGCUACCCGCGAUCUUCCUCCAAACCUAUCUCUCAUCCUGGAUUCAUGCAAUCUCGCCAUCAUCCCAUCUGUCUCCACAGCUGAAUAAAGCAGUAUAUGCUGCUGGAACGGAGACUCUGUUCUCUCUCGAUGCUCUGCGUGCAUCCUCCUCAUCUGAGAGCUUAUUCACGGCCCUAUCUUUGCCAAACCCACCUUCCACAAUAAAUCCGGUCAUCCCGCUCCUACCCCGCCUCUUCAGCACCCAUACCCACUUCCUGCGGCGGUACCGCACCAGUUUGUUUCCCACUUCCCAGAAUAAAAUACAAAACCGCGAAAACGACAUGAGAAUGACAUCCAUGGCAUUCUUCGCGUCGUGCCUCAAAUUAUUGGCCGGGAACAAUCUGAGCUGGGAAGCACGAGUGGGUUUGAUCAGCAUCAUUGAGAGUGAGCGCAUUUACGCGAGUCAGGGUGUGGGAGAGGUGGAGGUGGAGGAGGUCAGAGAGGAUGCGGUACGGGUAUUGGAAGAAGAAGCGGAAGAAGAGGUGGUACGUUUGGCUUUGGACGUGUUGGCUGCGCUUGCGAGGGUCGACUAUGAUAUAAUUGAGCCUGUCGUAAGAAGGGUACUUCCUCGGUUGAUCUUGACUCACCCAUCUCCCUCCAUACAAAAAUCAGCCAACGUUCUUCUUAGCCUCCUCCUCGACUUUCACUCCAAGACGCGCACAUUACACGCAUACAUUCAUGCACUCUUUGAUGCCUGUACCUCUCUUCCUUCCAUUAGAUCCCUUGUGUCACCACAAAAAUUCUACGGCUGCGGACGGACCUCUGCUAUCCUUGGGCACACCCAUCUUUCCUCGCUCGCACAAGCGCUCCGCACAUUCCUCACACCCACCCAAACUCUCAAAAACACUUUCAAUACCUACCAAAACCUUUCCUCACUCAUACAAACUAACGAGUUGGAAGACAGGCCGCGUAAAAAGCGACGGAAAAGCGAGCCCGCUCCGCCAUCUGCGAGUCCAGCGCCUCCGCAGGCCAUGCGGGAAGUAGAUGCGCAUGCACUUUCACUUUCCCUCACUCUCAAGUUCGCGGCUCUGUUCCUGUCUAACCUCCCAGGUUCGUUCGUCACCGCCGAUGUCCGCGAGGCUGUGUUUGAGGCGGGCGUAUGGGCCAUCGAUGCCGCUCGCUCGCUUCUUUGUGACAUGACUUCUAAAAUAUCCUGGGCAGACCAAAUGACAGGUGCUGCGCUUCUUCUUCGUUUUGCGUAUCAUCUACCGGCUUGGAGGUGUGGCGGAGAACAAGGAGACAUGCGAGGACUAUUGAGCGUUGCUAAAAUGGAGGGUGCGGAGGGUGAGCUAGUGCUUGAAAUCCUGCGGUUUCUCUUUGCAUGGUCUUCUAGAUCGGAAACCGAUCUAGAAGUGGAGACUGUGUUGGACGUUGCCCUUGCAUAUAUUGAGGCGCAAGUGGAGAACACUGACGGGUUGAUGAUACUCUACCUAAUCGUUGAGCGGUGGUUAGAUCUUGUAGAUGCCCAAGGAUCUAAACCUUCCCUCGAUCGCCUGAUCAAACUUAUAUUCUCUAUUUCGCCCAUAUCUACUCGUUGCGCGGAUGUACAAGGCUUACAGCCAAAAGAUGUCCUCUGGGGUGUUUUGCACAAUGCACAGUUCUGGGAGAUGGGGAAUAUACGAACUUCCGUUCUUGCAUACCUCACGCCCUCGCCUAACUCUCUGAAAGGUUCUGCGUUGGAUCAGCUCAGCAGCACUUACUGCCUCCUCUUAUACGUUCCCCCUGAGUACGUCACUAAACAGGCUCGCGUAGAGCUUGUGCGCCGGGCAUUGGAGGGGGAUGUCACUAUUUCGUCGUUGCUGCAUGCAACCACCGGAGAGGGAGCAGCAAAGAGCAAACGUAAGCGUGACGAAGGAAGGGACCUAGAAGAUAUGAGGCAAGCGCUCAUGCACAUACGUGUAUUUCUUCAACGGAUGGGAAAACUCGGGUAUCUGAACACGUCUGAUCACGAAAGCGCCAGAGACUACGUGAAGCAUCUUAUGGGCAUGGAGGUUUCAGAUAAUACGGCAUUGAGAGAGGCCACGAUAAAUCUAGCGGAACUUUAUAUUGUUGCGCUCCUGCGAGCAUCAGAUAAAGACACUUCUGCCUCAGCCGCGUGUAUUUCUAUCUUCCGUUCUCUCGCGCAGUCUGGUUUCCUUGAUGAAGAGAGCGUCCCCCAGUUAUGUGUGCUCCAGCUUGUUGAGCGUCUCAGACAGGAUUUUUCUGUUUCCAGUCUUCCCGACUCGAUAAUUGUAUCAAUAAAAGAACUGCAUGCUGCACUCACUCCAGUUUCACACCCCAACAUCAUUGACACGCUCCCCGCGAGCAGAACUAUCAAAGCAUGGGUGCGCCAUCUUUCAUUUGGCCAUUGGUUAGGCGUUGCCGCUAUUUCAACAUCUGGGUACAGCCAACAAAUCGCAGUCGCCUUCUUGCGAAACAGAGAAAAAUGCAAGUCUUCUGUAGAAAUCUUGGGACUUCUUUUUGAGGAACUGCGUUGUUUGCCUAAUGUCGACCGUGGGAUGCAUCUUGACCUAGCAGUAGGGGUAUUUGUAUUUUCUACGGAAGCUGGAGACAUCAAAUCCUUGGAUGAAGUCGUCUCAAGCGGGUGCAAGCAUCUUUCAGUUGAUGACUUCUCACAUCUACUGGACACAGUAUACGAGGCACUUGAAAGCACACGAUUUCCUCCGGCUCGGUGUGUGCGUCUAGUGCAUGCGGCCGCUGUCCUGUUGCGUGAUGCACCUCAAGGGACUUUGAAGGUCGUUCAGGGGUUUUUCAGUCAGUGUCUGAACCUCUUUAUUGGACACCUACAGUUCUGCGCGGGUCCUGUGGACCUGAAGCUAGCUUGCCUUGAGUUUGUGGCUCGGCAAUGUUCAGAUAGGCCUGCAGCUCUUCGCCCUGUCGACCUGGGUCCCAUCCAUGUCCUGCUUUCUAAAAUCCUCUGCGGGUCUCCAAUACAUGACAGUACCACCACACCCGCGGUCUUCCACACCUCCACUACCAUCUUAAACGCACUCGUUCGGCUGCGGCGCGAUCUUGUCGUCCACAUUUUACCGCAUCUUGGGAUGGUCCUCCGCCAACUUGUCUCAUGCACACGUAGUCUACGGCCCCAGCUAGCUGCAAAGCAGAGCCGCAUCGUCACCGACACCCUCCCAUCGUGGAUAGCACCAUCUGAACCCCUAGGUGUGCCAGAAGCUCGUGCACUUGCACGGCUCUUCACCUCCUUGACGACAAAAAGUGUUCCCCGCGCGCACAUGCAGCCCAAUGCAGAACAGAAGGCGGAGAGCCUUUCAAACCGUUUGCUAAGCACGCUGCUUAUGUGGUUACUGCGCACAUUGACGCUGUGAACGACCCGUUGUGUGUCAUGCGGGCGG